GCGUCUCUGUUCUGGUAGCCGGAGGUUUAACCCUAAAGCUACGAGCCUAUAUUAUCUCCGCCACCGCCUUCCGCCGCCUCCGACCACGGUCAUUAGCAUUGUCACUAGAUUAUCCUUUUUAUGAAUGGCUGCUAAGAAAAGAAGCUCUGACGUUGAACACGACGGAGGGGUCGAAGUAGGAACGGAACACAGCAAUGACUCUCCAAAACCCUUGAAGAAGAAAGUUAAGAAAGACAAGGAAAAGGCUGGGCAAGAAGAUGUGGCAGCUUCCACGCCUUCUUCUGUUAAGCCUAUGGAGAGGAAGAAGAAGAGGAAAGCUGUGGACAAGGACAGACGGCGUGCUGAAGCAGAAAACGAUGGGCCCAAGCCUGUUCAAGCGAGUGACGACACAAAAGGUGAUAUUGAAACGAGGGCUUCAUCAAUGGCCUCGCCUAGUACAAGUGGUGCUCUUCCAGAGUUCCAUAUUGGUGUUUUUAAGGACUUGGCAUCGGCUGAUGAGUCAGUAAGGGAAGCUGCGGCGAAACGAUUAGUGACGGAAUUGAAGGAAGUUCAGGAGUCUUAUGAUAGGCUUGAGAAUAAGGAGGUUGUUGAAGGUGGGUUCAAAUUGGAGGCUGAGAAGGAUGAUGGUUUAGACAACUGUGCGCCCUCUGUGAAGUAUGCUGUUCGUAGACUUAUUCGUGGUGUGUCUUCGUCAAGAGAGUGUGCGCGGCAAGGCUUUGCAUUAGGUUUAACUGUUGUAAUCGGUUCCAUCCCUAACAUCCGAGUUGAAUCUUUCUUUAAACUAGUUGUUGAUUUGUUGGAAGUAACUGCAUCAAUGAAGGGUCAGGAAGCAAGAGAUUGUCUUCUGGGGAGGUUAUUUGCUUAUGGCGCUCUGGCCCGGUCAGGAAGACUUGCGCGAGAAUGGAGUUUGGACAAAAACACUUCAUACAUUAGAGAAUUUAUCACGCUACUAAUCUCACUUGCUGCUAAAAAGCGGUACUUGCAAGAACCUGCUGUCUCAAUAAUAUUAGACUUGGUUGAAAAGCUUCAUUUUGAGGCUUUGUUACAUCAUGUCAUUGAAGCCCCAGGGCUCCGUGAGUGGUUGGAAGCUGCUAAAGAAAUUGGAAAUCCGGAUGCUUUGCUUCUAGCUUUAAAAGUUCGAGAGAAGAUUCCCAUUGACAGCUCAAUGUUUGGUGGGCUUCUGCCAAAUCCAUUUGGCUCCAGCCAGGUCUUUGCCGCUGAUCAUCUGUCCUCCCUGAGUAAUUGCUUGAAGGAAUCAACCUUCUGUCAGCCUCGAGUUCAUAGUGUUUGGCCUGCUUUGAUAAGUAUUCUUCUACCUAACGCUAUUUCCCAAGCAGAGGAUGCAGCAUCGGCUUCCAAUUCAUUAAAGAAACAAAAGAAGAGUCGAAAAUCCAGCUCUUCUGAAGAAGAACUUACCAAGAACCUUAGGGCUUUCUGUGAAAUAAUUAUUGAAGGAUCCCUUCUCUUGUCAUCCCAUGACCGCAAGCACUUAGCUUUUGAUGUUUUGCUUCUACUUCUUCAAAAGCUCUCUGCAUCAUUCAUUCCAAUUAUUCUGUCCAACAAAGUUGUUCAGUGCCUGAUGGAUAUACUAUCGACAAGAAACUCCUGGCUAUAUAAAGUUGCACAGCAUUUUCUCAAACAGCUAUCAGAAUGGGUUGGGGAUGAUGAUGUCAGAAGAGUUUCUGUUAUUGUGGCUCUUCAAAAGCACAGCAAUGGAAAAUUUGAUUGUGUCACACGGACAAAAGUUGUUAAAGAUUUAAUGUCGCACUUCAAAACAGAACCUGGUUGCAUGCUUUUUAUUCAGAACUUACUGAACCUGUUUGUGGAUGAAGGUAAUGCUCAGGAAGAACCAUCAGACCAGAGUCAAACAACAGAUGAAAACUCUGAAAUAGGUUCAUUUGAGGAAAAGGAUUCUCUUGGGACCAAUGGGAAUUCUGACUUUUUGAAGAGUUGGGUCAUAGAAUCCCUUCCAAGUAUUUUGAAAUAUUUGAAGCUGGAUCAUGAAGAGAAGCUUCGAGUGCAAAAAGAAAUCAUGAAAUUCCUUGCUGUUCAGGGUCUAUUCACUGCAUCUCUUGGCACUGAGGUGACUUCAUUUGAGUUACAGGAGAAGUUUAUGUGGCCAAAAGCUCCCACAUCAAGUGCUCUUUGUAAGAUGUGUAUUGAGCAACUUCAGAUGCUAUUGGCAAAUGCUCAAAAAGAGGAAGGCUUACGUGCAUUAGCAAAUAGUGUUGAACCAAAUGAUCUUGGUUCUUACUUCAUGAGAUUUUUCAGCACCUUACAAAACAUUCCUUCUGUUUCCCUUUUUCGGUCAUUAGAUGAUGAGGAUGAAAAGGCAAUAAAGAAUUUGCAAGAAAUGGAAGCAACAUUGUCCAGAGAGGAAAGGAGCCUUGGCCUUCAUACUUAUAUUAACAGAUUGCAUGCAUUGCGGUAUUUACUUAUUCAGUUGCUUCUGCAAGUGCUGCUUCGAUCAGGGGAAUACUCUGAAGCUGUAUCUGAACUCAUCAUAUGUUGUAAAAAGGCUUUUCCUGCUUGUGAUAUUCCUGAUAACUCAGGAGAUGAUGUGGAGGUUGGUACAGAGCCUGACUUCAUGGAUGUUCUUGUGGACACAUUACUCUCACUGCUUCCACAGUCGUCAGCUCCUAUGCGAUCUUCUAUUGAACAGGUAUUCAAAUCUUUCUGCAAUGAGGUUACUGAUGAUGGACUAAUGAGGAUGUUGCGGGUAAUUAGAAAAAGUCUAAAACCUGCUAGACAUCCAGGAGGAGAGAAUGAAGACGACGACGAUGAGGAUGACGACUUUAUCAAUAUUGAAGAUGAAGAAAUUGAUCAGGAUGAGAUGGGUGAAACAGCUGAGAGUGAUGGGCAAACAGAUGACUCAGAGGCAAUAGUGGAGGUUGAGGAAACGGGUGAUGAGCAUCCUGAAGCUUCUGAUGAUUCUGAUGAUGGUAUGGAUGAUGAUGCUAUGUUUAGAAUGGAUACAUACCUUGCCCAGAUUUUCAAGGAGAAAAAGAAUCAGGCUGGUGGGGAAACUGCUCAUUCCCAACUUGUGUUGUUCAAGCUGCGCAUCCUUUCAUUGUUGGAGAUCUUCCUUCAUGAAAAUCCAGAUAAGCCCCAGGUUCUUAUGGUGUACUCCAAUUUGGCUCAAGCUUUUGUUAAUCCGCACACAGCUGAGGUUAGUGAACAGCUUGGACAGCGUAUAUGGGGAAUCUUGCAAAAGCAAAUUUUCAAAGCAAAGGAUUAUCCAAAGGGUGACGGCGUCCAAAUAUCCACUCUUGAAUCUCUGUUGGAAAGGAAUUUGAAAUUAGCUUCAAAACCAAUUAAAAAGAAAAAGUCUGCAUCUAAUCCGUCAAAGCAAUCAGCCUCCUGGAACAGGCAGAAAAUGGUUUCUUCUCUCGCCCAAACUUCAACAUUCUGGAUUUUGAAAAUUAUUGAUUCUAGAAAGUUCUCCGAGUCUGAACUCCGGAGAAUUUAUCAAAUUUUCCAUGAAGUAUUGGCAGCAUAUUUUGAUGAUAAGAAGUCUCAAAUCAAAUCUGGAUUCUUAAAAGAAAUAUUUAAAAGAAGACCAUGGAUCGGCCAUAACUUGUUUAGCUUCCUUGUUGAGAAGUGUGGAAAUGCCAAGUCUGAUUUUCGUCGAGUUGAAGCACUUGAUUUGAUAAUAGAAAUAUUGAAGUCAUUGUCAGCAGCUGGUAAAGAUGGUGACCAGAAUGCCUCAAAAAAGAUUCUUAAGAUCAAUAUUGAUAUACUCUCUCAUCUAGUGAAAGUGUUGGUGACAAAUAUGCCAAGCAAACAAGGAAGGCGGGCAGAAGUGAGGAAGUUCUGUGUCAAGCUCUUUGAGACCUUGUCUGCAUUUAGCCUACCCAAGUCUUUUAUGAAAAAUUUGGCCCCUGAAGCUCAUGCUGCGCUUGAGUCACAACUAGGUGAGCAGUUCACUAAUUUUAAGAAGCUGGGAAAGUAAGCAAUGGAUCAAUAGGUAACAGCCUCAUUACAUUGUUUUUGCUUCUACACUGUCACAUUCGAAGUUGGAAAUGCAGCCAUUAAAAUAUCUGCUGCAGGCACCAGAAUGGUCCCACUGGUGCUCACAAAUGGUCCUGGUUUGGCCAAUUGUUAGAUGGGCGUUGGGAGAAGGGUUACAUCACCAUAUAAUAUAACCUGCCUUCAGCUAAGGGAAAUUCUUUUUGUCCAUCAUGGAAUUGGAGCAUUUUCUCUUGGUUUUCUUUUUCUUUUUUUUUCCCGAUGACUGUUUUAUUAUACAUGUUUAGUGAAGAGGUAAAAUUUUUGGCAGUUAAAUGUUAUUCUUGAAAUGUUAUUUGUUAGAAAAUAAACCUUUGGCACAUGAAGUUCUGAUAGCGCAUGCUUUUUUAUGUUUUAUAUCGUUCUGGGAAAUGAAUGAAAGAUGUUAGAUGUGGGACAAGUCCCCCGUUCUUUUUAA